CCUAAACGAAAAUCCGGCGAUGGGCCUGGAAUCGCCGUUGGAGAUAAAAAUUUUCCCACCGAGCAAGCACUUUCAGAUCAUCGCUGAUAACAAAGGGGACUAAUAUAAAAAGGUAGUUGGGGUUAAGAGGAACAAGCCCAGGUUGAUUGAGCCAAGUCAGCACAUACUACAAGCCAUAUUUAAGAAAGAAACCAUGUCCGAAUAUCCAAACGUACUUCUGCUUCCACAAACCAACCAGCUGCGUGGACUGUACUCCAUCAUCAGAUCAAAGGAGACGCAUCGUUCAGAUUUCGUGUUCUAUUCGGAUAGAAUCAUCCGUCUGUUGGUUGAGAAGGGCCUGGACCAGUUGCCGGUGGAGGAGAAGAAGAUUGUGACACCGUUGGGUGUCGAGCACGACGGUGUCGAGUUCUUGGGAAAGAUCUGUGGUGUCUCCAUCGUCAGAGCUGGCGAAAGCAUGGAACAGGGUCUAAGGGAUUGCUGCAGAUCAGUGAGAAUCGGUAAGAUUCUGAUCCAGAGAGAUGAAGAAACAGCUUUGCCAAAGCUGUUCUAUGAGAAGUUACCUGAUGAUAUCGCUGACCGUUAUGUGUUUCUGUUGGACCCAAUGCUGGCAACUGGAGGCUCUGCAAUGCUAGCGACGGAGGUGCUUAUCAAGCGUGGUGUCAAGCCUGAGAGAAUCUUCUUCUUGAACUUGUUGGCUGCUCCAGAAGGUAUCGAGGCCUACCACGCCAAGUUCCCACAGAUUAAGAUCAUCACAGGUGGAAUUGAUCCAAAGCUGGAUGACAAGAAGAGAAUCUACCCUGGUUUGGGUGAUUUCGGUGAUAGAUACUACUGUAUUUAA